AUGGUCUUAUGGCCUGAGGUGACGGCUCUGGCUAAGAGUGGUGCGUCCCGCAAGGCGUCGAAGCAGUCGCUGACUAAAGUCACCAAGAGACUGCCCAAGAAGCGAGGGAAAUCCCACAAGCAGAGCUAUUACACUAACGUGUAUAGGGUGCUGACCCAGGUCCACCCUUCCACCAGGAUCUUGUCUAAAGCCAGGAGUGUUAUGAAUUCCUUAGCUGCCGACAUUUUCGAGCACAUCACCUCCAAGGCUUCGCACCUCAUUUACUACAACAAGCGCCACACCAUCUUGGUCUGGGAGAUCCAGAGCACUGUCCACCUCAUGCUGCCAGGGGAACUGGCCAAACACAUCAUCUCCAAAGGCCACAAAGGGGUCACCAAAUACACAAACUCCGUUUAG